AUGCGUUUCUCCGUAGCUGUCGUCGGCCUCUUUGCCGCUGUUGCGAGCGCCCAGUCCGAGACCGCUUCUGCUGUGUCUUCUGCCGAGUCCUCAGUUGCGUCUGACGUCUCCUCCAUCACCUCUGCCGCAUCCGGUGCCUCGUCGACCGUUGCCGCGUCUACCUCCGUCGAUGUUGGUUCUCUCACCUCCGUCAGCAUCGAUCCUGCUCAGAGCUCGGCCCAGGCUGCCAUAACCGACUGCCUCAAAGCAUGCUCCGCUGAAGAUGUCAACUGCCAAGCCAAGUGCAUUGCUGUACCCAGCCCUGACACCCAGAACGUGAACAAGACCACGGAAUGUGUUGCCGCCUGCCCUCAGGGCAACGGCACCGCCACCGAUAACCUCAACUACGCCAACUGCGUUAACGAUUGCAUUGCCCAAUACUACUACACCACCACUGGAACCCCCAACCUCGCAUCUAGCACCGGUGCCAGCGGUAGCGGCGCCACCGCCACCCCUAGCGUCACCCAGGUCAAGUCGACUGUCACUUCUGACGGAUCGACCUUCGUCACCUCCUUCUCGAGCACUGUCGCUGCUUCCGGAUCCGGCUCUGCCAACUCGGCUUCCUCUACCUCCAGCUCAUCAGCCGCUGCUGAUAUGCUCUUCUCCCCUGUCGGUUCCGGCAUCGGGCUUUUCUCCUUCCUAGCUGCUUUCCUUGCCCUAUAA